AUGGAUAAUGAUGAUUAUGUACUCAACUGGGAAGAUGAAAACCUUCUGCAUCCUAGAAGAAACAGAUCAUCUAGAAUCCCAAAUAGACAAAACUCCUUAGUUAGACCUGAAAGAAACAGAUUGAAUAAUCCUAAUGAUCCUCAUUUUUACUAUGCACAGACAGCUAGAGCGAAUAGCCAAAGAAUUAAUGUCCAACCUUCUACCACAGGUGUUAAUCCAAGAUCUGAAAGUUUAAGAGGCUCAAUUCGCUCUUCACAUUCUAGAAAUAAAAAUAAUACAACAAAUACUCCAGUUACCUAUCCUUUGGAUGAUCUUAAUCAUGAUGGUAAAGCUGAUAAUAUCGAGAGUGUGACCGAACUGGGUGAGGAUGAGAAUGAAUCAAAUUCUUUAUUUGAAGAAGACCCUAUUUUCCCUUCACUAAGAAAGAAACCAACUAGAAUUGAAACUUCUAAUAGCUUUUCUCUUUGGAAAAUAUAUUAUCGUGUUAUAACCUUUUGGAUACCAGGGUUUGUAUUAGCUUUGUUUGGUAUGCCAGACAAACAAAGACAGAUGGCUUGGAGAGAAAAAAUCGCUUUAUUAUCAAUAAUUGGAUACAUUGGGGCUAUUAUUGCCUUUUUAACUUUUGGUUUUACAAGGACAGUUUGUAAAAAUUCAGGAGUGACAGUGAAAUAUAGUGAUGUUUCAACAGGGUAUGUUACAGUUAAUGGUAAUGUCUAUCUUUAUAAUGGUACAAGCCCAGCAGGAAGUGAUUUGCAAGCCAAAGGAACUAAUGCUAUUUAUGGACCCUGGUACGAUGCAGGUAAAGAUGCUUCAUUUCUUUAUCAAAAUGUUAAUGGAAAUUGUCAUGAUAUUAUUGUACCUAGAGAUAACUGCACUAUCCCACACGAUUCAAGCAAUAAUUUGGCAUGGUAUUUUCCUUGUACAUUAAUUAACCAAGAUGAUACAUCAAAACCAAAUUUUACUCAACCAGGACCUUAUGCUGGUUGGGGCUGUCAUACAACAGAAGAGGAAAGAAAUGCCUUUUAUAAAUUAAAGCCAACUGCCCAAAUAUAUUAUACGUGGGAUGAUUUGCGGAACUCUUCUAGAAAUUUAGUAGUUUAUGAUGGGAAUAUUCUUGAUUUAGAAAAACUAGCUUGGCUUAAUCCAAAUGAAUUAAUAUAUCCAGUUAUUUUUGAUGAACUUCGCAAUGCUAGUUUACAAGGUUAUGAUCUAUCAUUAGUUUUAUCUCAUGGUUAUGAAAGAAAAGUUGCCAGAUGUUUGACUGAAAUUAUUAAGGUUGGUAAAAUAGAUUCUAAAACUAUUGGCUGUAUUGCAUCGGAUAUUGUAUUGUAUGUCUCAUUGGUGUUUAUUCUGUCUAUUUCAAUAAUUAAAUUUCUCGUAGCAUGUUAUUUUUGGUGGUUUGUUGCUAAAAGUCAAGGUGCUUCGGCCAUUGAUAAUAAGAUGCUAACGGAACAGAUGAACAAGAUUGAGGAUUGGUCAGAAGAUAUAUUUACUCAAGGUCCAAUUAAACCAGUACCUCCUUCAUUAAGACCAAAAUAUUCUAUGUAUGGACACAACCGGAAUGAUUCUACUUUUAAUUUGAUUAAAAAACAGACAUCUAGAAUGCUGAAUUUAAAUGAAUCAACGAUCGAUCUUAAUGACGAAGAUGAGAACUUGGAAAGUUCAAGAUAUAAAGGAAUGACAACCAUGACACUUCAGCAAGCUCAGAAAGAUACAGACAAAGAAUUAGAUGGCACUUAUAGUCGUUCUAGGAGCGGAUCAUUCUUAUUUUCGGGAGCAUCUCAACAUCUUAAUUAUCCAAUUGUUCAAUCAAGUAUGGCAAUAAAACAAUUAGACACAUCGAAUAUUCAUCCAGAUAUCGUCCAGCAACCUCCUAUCAAUUUUGUACCUUUUGGAUAUCCUUUAAUUCAUACUCUUUGUUUUGUCACAUGUUAUUCUGAAGAUGAAAACGGUUUAAGAACCACAUUAGAUUCUUUAGCCACUACUGAUUACCCAAAUUCCCAUAAACUAAUGAUGGUUGUAUGUGAUGGUCUUAUUAAAGGAUCUGGUAAUGAUAGGACUACACCGGAAAUUGCUCUUAGUAUGAUGGAGGAUUUUGUUGUUGAACCGGAAAAUGUGCUUCCAUACUCGUAUGUUGCGGUUGCCUCUGGUUCAAAAAGACACAACAUGGCUAAAAUAUACGCUGGAUUUUACAAGUAUGAUAGUUCGACUGUUCCAGAAGAAAAGCAACAACGUAUUCCAAUUAUUACGAUUGUUAAGUGUGGUACACCAGAAGAACAAGGUUCUGCUAAACCUGGUAAUAGAGGUAAACGUGAUUCUCAAAUUAUCCUAAUGUCAUUUUUACAGAAGAUUACCUUUGAUGAGAGAAUGUCUGAAUUGGAGUUUCAAUUACUUAAAAACAUUUGGCAGAUUACGGGUUUAAUGGCAGAUCUAUAUGAAACCGUUCUUAUGGUUGAUGCUGAUACUAAAGUCUUCCCCGAUUCUCUAAAGCAUAUGAAUGCAGAAAUGGUGAAAGAUCCAUCUAUAAUGGGUCUUUGUGGUGAAACCAAAAUAGCUAAUAAAAGAGACUCUUGGGUUACUGCUAUUCAAGUUUUUGAAUAUUUCAUUUCACAUCAUCAAGAAAAAGCAUUUGAAUCUGUUUUUGGUUCUGUAACUUGUUUACCUGGUUGUUUUUCAUUAUAUCGUAUUAAAGCCCCCAAAGGUUCAGAUGGAUAUUGGGUACCUAUCUUAGCCAAUCCAGAUAUUGUGGAACGUUAUUCCAAUAACGUUACCAAUACUUUACAUAUGAAAAAUUUACUUUUGUUAGGUGAAGAUAGAUACCUUUCUUAUUUAAUGUUAAAGACAUUUCCACACAGAAGACAAAUUUUCGUUCCUAGGGCUGCUUGUAAAACAGUUGUUCCAGACAAAUUUAAGGUUCUGUUAUCUCAACGUCGUCGGUGGAUUAAUUCUACUGUGCAUAACUUAUUUGAAUUAGUUUUGAUAAGAGACCUUUGUGGUACAUUUUGCUUCUCCAUGCAAUUUGUGAUUAUUAUUCAAUUGAUUGGUACUCUAGUCUUGCCAUUGGCCAUCAGUUUCACGGUAUAUGUGAUUAUUUUUGCUAUUGUAUCGCAUCCAACUCCAAUUUUAACUUUAGUUUUACUUGCUAUAAUUUUAGGUCUUCCUGGUGUGCUAGUUGUUGUCACUGCAACAAAAUGGUCCUAUUUAAUCUGGUUAGCUAUAUAUAUUAUUGCCUUACCUAUUUGGAAUUUUGUUUUACCCGCCUACGCUUAUUGGAAAUUUGACGAUUUCUCAUGGGGUGAAACAAGAACCAUUGCUGGUGGUAAUAAAGCAGGUGGCCAUGAUGAUGCAGAAGGUGAGUUUGACUAUGGUAGAAUUCAAAUGAAGACCUGGAGAGAAUAUGAAGCCCAAGAAAGAUUAGAAAAGAUAAAAAACUCAGGAAUACCUGCAAAUAUGAAAUAA